CAGCUCCCGCGCGUCGGUGCCGGUGCCAGAGGGUGCUGACGCUCGCCCCAGGCGACGGCGCAGGUCCAGAGGGGACUGGAGGCCUCGGAGCGCCGUCCAAGACGCUGAAGAGUCUGCUGCUGAAGAGUCGGCCAAGCGCACAACGAAAAAGUGCCGCUUGUUUGUAAAACGCGAAGUGUUAAUGGCCCACAUACGUGCUUUUGUUGUCAAUGGUGCCGACCUCGUUCUACACAGUGAGCAGCCUGUCUUUGAAACGCAGCGGGUGAGGUAACGCGGUGAAAGGGGCGCCUUCCUUGGCUAGCUCUGCAGCCUUAAACUUUGAAGCAGAUCGACUCCGUGUCAAACAGUGCUUUGGUGGUUGCUCUCACACCGCGGCGAUGUGUGUCAGACUGGUGUCGCGAUGGCUGGUGCUGUUGACACUGACACCAUUGGUGACGGCCAACGUGCCCUACUUCUUCGUGGACUCGAGCAUGUCCCUGGUGCUGGUGCCCGAAGACACGCCCGUCGGCACCACCAUCUACCGAGUCAAGGCGGCUGACUCGGACUCAGACUACCCCCUGACGUUCAGCGUACCCGACACGGUGGGCCGGACGCUAGCCGACAUCGUCACCUACAACUGCACCAGCUACGACGACUUCUGCGUGGCGGACAUCCUGCUGAAGCGCCCGCUGGAGGCGGGGCGCGACCUCGGCCUUCCGUCUGCGCGUGCGCGACACGAGCGGCGAGGUCACCACGGUCACGGCUAAGGUCAAGGCCUCGAGCGGGCGCAGCAGCCUUGACCAGACCUUCCUGGAGCUCAUUAAGCCGCUCCGGGUGUCCGAGAACACUGCGGUCGGGACGAAGCUGAAGACGAUCCGAGCCAGGAAAGGGGCGCAAAACAUCAAGUUCGACCUUCGGGGGACGAGUGCUCUAAUGUUACAGAACACACGUCUCAUCAGCGGAGGCGCGGCAGUUGACAUCAUUCUGAAGGAAAAGUUGGAUUUUGAACAGGAAAACCUCAUCGAGUUCACCGUCUUUGCCGAGAACGGCUACAGGAACACGAAGUUCGACACACGGAACGUCGUGGCCAUGCCGAUGAUCUUAUUGGUUGAGGACGAGCAAGACACGCCUCCCUCCUUCAUCAACCCGCCCUCCGUUCUGCGGAUCAGCAGCUCCAGCAAGCCGGGCGACUCGAUCGGCUCGUUCCGGGCGGUGGACGGUGACAAGCGCGGACAGAGGGAAAUCCGGUACCGCCUGGUGCCUAACGGACUCGGCUACGACACCUUCUUCAGCAUGGACCCCGUCACAGGGAACCUCUCAGUGACGUCAUCGCUGCUGGACCUGACGACGCCGCGGCGUGAGCCGAUGCGGGUGACGGUGGCGGCCGAGGAGGUGACGCGGGAGCUGCGCGAGCGGGGCCUCUCCGUCACCACCGACGUGGUGGUGCUGCUCGAGGACGACGUCCGCCACCCGCCCGAGUUCGGACGGAGCUUGUACGUGACCCAGCUGUUCGAAAGCCCGCCGCUGGGCACCAUCCUGAACUUUGCCCCGCCGCUGGAGACCACUGGUCAGCGGGGCACGUUCGCGCUCAGCAUCAUCGGUGACCUCGCCUCCAAGUGUUUCGAGGUGGAGCCCACCGUUCUCAGCGGUGAUGUCCAGUUCGACAUCCGAGUCAAGAACAACCAGCUGCUCGACUUCGAGAAGCUCGUGCGGCCGGAGAUCCGGUUCAGGAUCAAGGCUCAGGAGGUGGAGCUGGCCGGCAGGACCCGGCCAACUCUCAUCAGCUACACCAACGUUACCGUCACCGUCAUCGACCAGAACGACAACGCGCCCACCUUCGAGAAGGAUCUCUACGAGGCGUUCUUCGACGAGAACAUCGAGCGGGGGACCCCCAUUCUCAAGGUGGCAGCUAUUGACGCCGACCAGGCGGACGGCGGCCGGGUGGUGUACUCGGGACUGACCGGCGACAACGCCGAUGACCUGACCCUGGACCCGACCUCCGGUCAGAUCUCGGUCAAGGUCACCAACCAUCGCUUUGACUUCGAGACUCAGGAGGAGUACCGGCUGCAGGUGUUCGCCACCGACAGCGGGGUGCCGCAGCGGACGGGGACGGCCUCGAUCGUGCUCACCGUGCGGGACGUGAACGACAACCCGCCCGUGUUCACAAGCCCGAUGUAUAGCGGCAAGCUGAGUCCGAAGGGCGACAAACUGGAGGAGGCCGUCCAAGUUCUCGCCGUGGAUCGCGACUCGGGGGCCAACAGCAAGGUCGCCUACCGGCUCCGCGGCAGCAGCAAGUACCGCGACAACUUCGCAAUCGAUCGCAACACAGGCGAGCUGAGCGUGCGGAAGCCGGUGCCGAUGGAGCUGACUGACAGCAGGGACCCGCGCCGGCUGCCGGAGAACCAGCCGCUGACAUUCCAGGAAGCGGGGUCCGAGGCGGUUAACGACAGGAUCGAGCUGCAGGUCGAGGCACACGACGAGGGUAGCCCCCAGCUGUUCAGCAAGGUGCCCGUCUACAUAUACAAGAAGGAGAACGUGCAGACCAUGACAUUCCUGGUAAACGAAGACGUGGACACCGUCCUGCAGAACCAGGAUGAUGUGGAGCGCCAGCUGUCGGUGUUCACGGGCGGCACGGCCACCAUCACCAACGUCAAGCGAUACGAGGGCGACGACGAACUGACGGGCAGGAACGGCCAGCAGCUAGAAGGAAAGACGGCCAUUACAGCCAGGGUGCAUCGGCCGUAUGACGCCAUCUUCGACACCACCAGUCUGGGAGGAGGAGCAGGUUCCAAAAAUGAAGACGGUGGCACUGAUGGGGGAGAGGCUAUUGAUCAGGCAGCAGUGAACAGCGUCUGGUUCUGGCUCCUGAUAGCUCUGGCCCUCAUUAUCAUCAUCAUUCUUAUCAUCGUCUGCUGCUGCUGCUACUGCUCCUGCUGCUAUGCCUGCUGUCCUCUCUGCAGCUGCCACAAGCGAAAGAUGGUGAAGGAGUACGACGAGGAGGCGGUGGCGUACGUCAACGUGAACGGCGGCGAUGCACAGCAGCUGAACCGCAGUCACGGGCGCGGUGGCAAUGUCCUGCAGAGGAUGCGUUCUGCCGUGGCCGGUCCGGCGGAGAGGGUGCGGUCAGCGGCCAGUCGCCAGGCGUGGUCCGGCAACGGUCGCUACCGCCAGCUACCGGCCGGAGGGAGAAACUCUCACUCGUCGACGCUCCGCUUGGUGGACGCGGCUGAGACCGAGCCGGGCCGGGAGAACGUGGUGAUGCUGCGCCAGGGAAUGGAGGACGAGAUCUCACGCGUGGUGCGAGGCGGCCGCGACAACCAGAUCGUGCUCGUGCCCAACGAGAUCGGCAGCCUGCACAGGUCUAGCUCCAGGGCGUCUCGGGGCGGCCCCAAAAUGUACCGGGUAAUGCGCGACGGUCGGCGCCAGCUCCAGCUGGUGGACGAGGACGGCUACCGCGUGGAGGACCUGGAGCUGGACGACGCCAGCCUGGACCGGCUGGAGCAGGAGCGGAGGUCCGUCGUCCUGGACGGGGCGCGCACCGCCUCCCGCCGCACGCCCUCCGUCGAGGUGCUGACUCUUGAUGACCAAAACGGGGGCAGGGACGCCGAGUACCACCGCAAGGGCCGCAGCGACUCGCUGCGUCUGUACACGUCUGCCAAACGACGCCAGAGGGAUUUCUCCCUCGACAGGGACGGAAACCCGAUCGAGCGUCCGGUGUUCCGUGGCCGACCGCGGGACGACCAGGACGUGCGGUACGGCCAGCCGGUGGGGCCGCAUCGCGCCGGGCCGCGCCGGCGCACGCGCAGCGAGGUCAUGGUGGUGCACGAGGACGACGAGCUCGAGGAGGACAGGCUGGAGGAUGAGGACGGCCGGUUGGAGGACGAUGGUGGGGGCGGCAAGGCUAUGAUCAUGACGCGCUUCAUGAACAGUCAGGAGGGCGCCCGGUACGAGUCGGACCAGCUGCGCAGGGAGGAGGAGGAGGAACAGCUAGACGUGCAACAGUCGGGCCAGCACGGCGUCACAGUGACGUCACUGACGCGGCGUGGUGACGUCAUCCAGGGCGAGGCGCGUGUGUCGGCGCGGGCCAUCAAGACGCCGAUCCAGGAGGAGACGCAGAGCGUGCUGGAGAGGGAGGAGCGGGAGAUCCACGCGCCGCUGCCGGGCUCACCAGAGCCGCUGUACGCGCAGACCAAGGCGUCCAUCCUGCGCCGGCGCAACAGCAAGGCGGUACUGCAGGAGGAGCUGCAGCAGGCCGGUCUGCUGCACGCGCACCGCCAGUCGGACGGCGGCGAGCCGCGCCGUGCCUCCGAUGACUCGACCGGUGCAAAAAACGGGGGGCGCCGGCGGUUCACGCGUGAUGAGGCCGCCGGCGAGAUGUACGAGUCGAAGCUGCAUUAUGCCGAACAUGUGCAGGAGGAGAUUGACCAGCGCGCGCGCCAGGAGCGGCGCGCAGCAGCCGGGGACCGGCUGGAUGCGCCGCGCCAGUACCGGCGCCAGCGGAGCCGCAGCGAGGAAGCGGAGGAGGGACGACGAUUGCAAAAGAAGGAACGACGAUUCCAGACGGAGAGACGAGGAAGUAGAAGAAGGGAUGGCGGGGACAGAAGAAGGAGUGAUGAAGGGAGAAGAAGGGACGAUGCUGACAGUAGAAGAAAGGAUGAACCUAGAAUGAUAGAUGAAGACAGAAGGCGAUAUCACGAUGACAGAGGGAGAGAUGCUGACCGUGGGAGGGAAGGUGAAGUAGAAAGGAAUGGGAGAGAUGUCACGAGCGGCAUGAGAGCGAGAGACGACCGGUAUAGAGAUGAUCAACGUGAUCAGAGGGAUGAGAGGAAGGAAGAUCAACGCGAUCGGAGGGAGGAGAGGAAUGAUGAUAGACGCGAUCGGAGGGAGGAUAGGAAUAAUGAUAAACGCGAUCGGAGGGAGGAGAGGAAGGAUGAUCAACGUGAUCGGAGAGAGGAGAGGGAGGAUGGUCAACGCGAUCGGAGGGAGGAGAGAAGGGAUGAAAAGGGUUCCGGGAGGCGGAAAGAGAGAACAAACAGCCGAGACGAGGACAGAGACGGCAGGGGCAGCGGCGAGCGACGAGAUAACGACGGCCGCAGAGCGUCGGGGUCAGGGGACCACGACAGCAGAACGGAGGACUCAACCACCUCUCAGAUCACGGCAGGUGGGAGCAGCUCGUCAGGGAAGGGCCGCCGCGACCGCCGAGGGUCGGAUGAACGCCGCCGAGACAGCACCAACAACGGGACGGAGACAGGCGAGUCUUCGUCGAGUAGGGACAAGCAGUCGAGAGAUCGAGCGGCUGGCGAUGAAUUGCGCGAAAGCAAAGAGAGCAAAACAUCAAAGAAGACUUCGAAAGGUGAGGCGUUGAAAAAGAGGAGCGAGUCCUUGGAGGUGGACGGCAAGAGAGUUGAAGAGCGUUCAAAGGACAAGAAAGACACUCGAAAGCGUGCAACGGGGGAUGCUACCGCUGGAGAAUCCAAAGACACCACACACUCGUCUAAGGAAGACAAAAAACCUCGACGCUCCGACAAGAGCAGUAACAAAACUACAGACGGAAGCAGUAAGGAGAGCAAAACCAGCAAGGACAGCAAGACCACCAAAGAGAGCAAAACCAACAAAACAACAAGGGAAAAUCACGAAUCAAAGUCAACGAAGAACGACAAGAACAACGACACUAAAGGCACCACCAAGCAGCAUGCUUCCGAGACGGCCAGCUCCGACCCAAACACUGGCUCGUCUGACUCCGCCCCGGCGGCCUCCUCCUCUGGCGGCGCCGUGGUCCCCGCGCCAGACCCGGGACCUCCCGGAGGGGCUCCCGAGGCCCCCGGCCGCCACAGCGACAUCAGCGGCGACAGCGGCAUCGGCGAUGUCACGCGUCACGUGGCGACGGUGGACGUGACGCAGCUGGCGAACCAGUUCCUGGAGAAGAAGAGCAUCUUCACCAUCGCCUACGAUGACGUACACACGCACCGGCUGCGCAGCGACACGCCGCACGAAGCGGACGUGUAG